AUCCUGCCCCCGCCGAGGGUGUUUCGGUCUUUUCGCUCCCGGGGGUCGUGCGUGGCGUGCGGUGGUUUGCUCGUCCGGCUAUGGGGUGGGGGAGGGCAGCGACCCACCCUUUCGUGCUCUCAUUCGUCCCUCUCGUCUCCCUCUUUCUGGAUCUCGUUCUCUCUCGUCGCCGGCGCUUCUCCUUCUCGAUUCGACACCGUCCUUCAGGUGGUUUCACACCCUACCCCGCGCUCGCCUCCCUACCCAGCCGCCGUCAUCUCCUUCGCCGCCGGGAGCUCGACCGGGAUGCCUGCUCACGCUCACGGAGGCCGAGGCGGCCGGGCUGCUCUGGUUCGCGCGGCCGCCUCGGCCUCGGACUGAGAGGGCGGGCGAACGACGGGAUGAUGGUGGAGGCAGCCGACCGACGGACGGACUCGCCGCUCCUCGGGGCCAGCCCCUCCCCUCCCCCGCGCCGGACCGCGCAUCGGCUUGGAGGCCCCUCGGGGCCGCCGCCGCUGCGGGAGCCGUCCACGGCCGUGCGGGCUGGGGACCGAGCGGCGGGUUUCGAUCAAGGGCUUGGCCGGGCUGGCGCGGGAUCUGAUCUGAGCCGCCGUCCAUGGAUUUCUCGCUUGGCUGCAUCUUGCUUAGGAUUUGGUACUACCUCCGUCCUGUCCUGGUCGCCAUGGUCGCCGACCAGCUCCUUGAUCAGAACGUGAUGGCCGCCGACGAGCUCCGUGAUCAGAUCACGCUGGCGCCCGAGAAACUCCCUGUUCCUAACCCAGCGCCUUCCGCCUGCUCCACCAACAACUGUCUGCGGGGGCUUGCACAGGUUUCGCCAUAUCAUCUUGGAUACUGUGUUUGAGAAAGUUGGCCUUCCAUCAGCUGCCUACUCUGCACCGAGCUCCUCUUCCAGUUCAGGCAACACCAUGGCUGAUGGAUCCUCCGCAAUGGCAACCUCGUUCGUGAACGUCCCGAUAGAUGAUGGGCUGCUGAUCAAGAACCUUCCUCCGCUGUCUCCAAUCCACGUCACCAUCAGCAAGCAAUUCAUUCUUGAACGAGCAAUUGAAACAAUUGGUGGCACACUCCAUCCAUUCACUUUUACCGGUACAAGCAGCGAUGAUGUCGACGUCUCUCUCUCCAUUGACCUACCUCCCCACAGCAAAAGCAUGUCAAGCACAAGAAAGGAAUUCCAUGCCCCACACAUCGAAUCUACAUGUGUUGCUGCCCUCGCGUACCUACAGAAAACAGGUAUAGUCACAAUCGAUGAUGCAAACUUUGCAGAGCUGAAAAUAUGCAAAAGGAAACUUCAGGCUGAGGAGUUCUGGUCCUCGACUCUCUAUGAUAAGGCCAAUGCCCUGGGCAACCAGCUCUCUUUACUGACUGCCGCCAAGCAGAAACCCCAGCCUGAGGAUAAACAAGGAGCUGCUGUGUUGCCUCCUAACCAUCAUAAUACUCCACAGACCAGCCAGAAAGUGCUUUCCGAGCAUGCCACUGGAAGGGAAACCACAUCAACCCCUGUCACAGAAACAAACAAUAGGUUCGUGCGAGGUAGUCCCUGUGAAGUACAUCGACAAGCCGGAUGGAUUACGGCGCCUAUUAGUAUGCUUAGUAAUAAUGACUCCUUAAUUGACAAUGUUUAUUAUGUUCCUGCUCUUAUUACCUUCUCUUAUGUGUUCUCGCUUUUGGUAUUGAACCUGAUGUCAAAUGGCUAUCUUUUGUGGUCAUGUAAACGCACCAAGUUUGAUUCUGCCUUAUAAACCAAUGUUUAUCUUGUGCUC